AUGUCCGACAUUGAAGGAGUUCAAGUGCGAGCUAAACUGGUAGUACUCAGCUGUUGUCAUAGUGGGCGCGGAUUGGUUAAAAAGGAAGGAGUUAUUGGAAUCGCUCGAGCAUUCUUAGCAUCCGGUGCACGUUCAGUGUUGGUAGCAUCGUGGGCUUUAGAAGACAAAGCAACGGCGAAGCUCAUGAAACAUUUCUAUAAACACCUUGUUCGUGGAGAAAGUGCCAGUGAAUCUCUUCACCAGGCUGUCCAAUGGAUGAGAAGCAAUGGUUACCCCAAACCUGCCCAAUGGGCUCCGUUUAUGCUGAUGGGGGAUAACGUGACAUUUGAUUUUAUGAAAAAAGGGAAAGAAGAACUCAGAGAGGACACCAAAGAGGCGGAGAAGAAACAGAGUGACUACUGAUCGUACAAAAAGAUUCUCCUUCCUGUACGUUGUCUUUCAUUGGACACUGGUAUUACUUUGCAAAGACAUUUUUAAUUUCUUUUUCAAGUCAAGUAGUAGAUUUCGCGUAGUUUUGUA